UGUCGCUAAGUGAUGACGAAAGCGGAAGUUACGCUUGUAAACUAGUGCCACUCAAAACUCUUUUGUUUUUUUAAGGUGAAAUGGAUGUAAGCAGCUCGAUUUCGCGGCUGCUGCACAGCUAUGCAAAGAAGACCUAGCUGGUGUGUUGCGUGAAAUUGAGCUGAUCAAAUAAGAAACCCGGAUAUAGUUUCCUUCUUUUCAUCAAGAAAUUAUCAUUCAGUUUCAGACCAUGGGUCGGCUGGAUGAUGCAGCAAAAUACAAAGUGGUGGAGCUUCGGAAGGCCGGACUCAGUUUCCGUAAGAUCAAAGCUGUUUUGGAGCUGGAGAACAUCAAAGUCUCGGCACAGGCCAUCUACCUCUACCUGAGGGAGUUCCAGGGUAGACCGCCAGGGAGGGUCAGACCUGCAGAAGCUGGGGGCAGCACUGUCGUAGCUCAGGUCCCGCCUAGAUCAGGAGCAUUGCGUGAGAGCUGGAGCAAUAACCAUCUCCAAAAUCUAAUACGGGAGUCACCUCAUCAUUCAGGAUUUGCGAGUGCUUCGGGUUUCCCCAAGCAGUCCUCCUCAAAUUCUGAAACAAGUGGAAAUGCGUCGAGUUCUGGGGAGACCAGCGGAGGCAGCCGACUAGAGCAGCAGCACGCGGCAAAUAAAGAAGAAAACGACAUUCAGAUUGUAAGUGUCACUUCUCUUGCACAGCAAGAACAGAAAAGAGUUCCCCAAACUGGAAAUGCAGUAGAAGCUUCUGCUUCCUCCACUUCAACAGCUUCAAAUGUAUUCAUGAGGAGAAGAGUCACACCUUCACCUGCAACAACUUCAAUACUGGCAGCUCGAAGGAGACUUUUGGAUAAAGCACUGUCACACAAAACAAAGGUGUUAUCGUUGUUGAGAAAAGAUCCCUCAAGUUUACAAAGUUCUGAUCUGAAGAGUGCUCUGUCGCAGUUGCCUGAAACCUACGAUUUGACCACAGAAAAGACUGUUAUUGACGGUCAGCUCAGAGGAGACGGAUCCUCCCGAAACUUCCCUACACAAAGACCAGGCCUGAGUCUUCGUUCCUUCCAGGUCCCUCCCCGUGUUGGGAUUCGUCUUCCCAACCGCCCACAACCCCCUCUGACAUCCUCAGCUUCAAGGCCCUCUCUCGUUCAUUUACAAACUCCUGGAAGCCAGGCGCCAACAUGCAGGGAGGGAAAUCCAAGCCCACACCAGGCGGUCCAAGACUCCGGAGGCAGGAGCGGUUUGCAGGACCAGAUUCAGGUUUUAGGCACUGAGGUGCGCAGUUUGGGUCUGGCGGUUAAGAUGCUGGUGGAGCAGCAGUGCCGGCUGGAAAGAGAGCAGCUGCAGCAGACGCAGAUUCAAAAGCAGAUACUCAGCACUCUUCAGAGCUUCGCCUCCAAAAUUGGACAUUGCAGCAGCGGUCGACAGCAGCUCAACAAAACCCCAUCGCCCUCGUCUUUGCCGGCAGCCUCUGGCCCUUCCUCCUUCAGUCAAGACUCCUUCAGUUUCAGUCAAGGAGCUUAUAAUCAGUGCAGCCAAACGCAGCCCAAUUAUAAAUCCUUAGAAAAUCUACAAAAUGUGGAGGCUAUGAGGCUGCCAGCGCUGAGCCCAACUAACAUGAAUGGGUUUCCAUCGUGUAGCAAUACAGAGAACCACUCCCUCUCUCACAGUACCACUCAAAGCCAACCCUACCCCACUGCUUACACCCCCCAGAGCAGUCAAACACUCGUCCCGCCUUACUCAGAGUCCUACAUUUCCUCCUAUAGCAAGUCACAUACUCAGAAUUUCAAAACGCCAGAGAGUAAAACAUCGGACUUUACAAGCAGUUGUUCGAGGAUUUUUCAAGACUGCAGUUUGUCCACUCAGCAGGGGAUGAACUCCAGCCUGUCUGCGCAGGAUCAGCAGAUCAACAGUAUUAAAGUGGAAGGACCGUAGAGAGAUUUGUUUGAGAGCCACGAGGUUCUGGAUGAGCACUGUGACUGCAGCACCGCUUUCACUGACAUGUUUUUGCAUAGUAUUAUUAUUAAUAAUAACAAUGUAGCAUUUUUUAAAAUCAUUUUCAUUGAAAAUUUUUCAAAAAAAACACAACAAUGCUUCCUCAUUAUUGAAGGUUUUUUUUUACGAUAGGAAGAGAUCAAAGAUUGAAAAAAAAAACUAAAUAGUUGUAUCUGUUUGCCUUGAAGUACUAGGACUUGCAAUAGAAACUAUACAUUUUCAAUCUUGUAUUUGGGUGAUUAAAAUAUAAAAUGAUCACGAGUCAGUUUGGUUUUUCUCAUACAAAUAAAAAUGAUAAAUGACCUAAAAAAUAAAACUUGCAAAACUUCAUCCAUGUAAAAAAAAAACGAAAAAUGAUAUGCUUUUUUUCAAGAAUCCUUUAAAUGUAACAACUGUGUGUAAUUUUACUCUACAAUAGUUUUUAAAAUUUGCAGACAUUUGAACUUCGUCUGGAUGCAAUCUGCAGCUUUACCACUUCAUGUCACUGCACACCACAUCCUGUGACUGAUUCUGAACUGGAGAAUCUCUGUUGACCUUUUCCAUAAAUUUACUUUCUAUAUUUUAAACAAUAGUUAAGUGGAUUACAUCACAUGCGAUUAUAGAUUAAUAUUUUUUAAAAUAGUAAUGAUUAUAUAACACCUUUCCCACACAACAGAAACAAAGUCCUUUGUAUGAUAAGAAUAAAACAACAAAAAUAUGUAAAAACAACGUAUAAAAUACAGCACAUUUAAAAGUACAUAUAAAGUAUAGUCAACCAGACAUAAAUGAUAAAAAAUGGGUUUGAGUUUGCUUUUUAAAAAUAAAAUCACAUUUUUUUUUUUUUUAGCUAUUUAAAAAUUGUGUAUUUUUGGAAGUACUUUCUUUAACAAAUCCAAUAAAUUUGCUGAUCUUAUUACAUUUUUUCUAGUGUAUCGCUCUCUAUAAAUAUGCUAUAAUGGUGAUUAAUCAAAAAAUGUAGAAACUAAAUUUACUGAAGUUAAAAAAGGCUAUUCUGUUGGUGCAGAAAAAUGUAUUAAAUUCUAUAUGUUGCAUUUCUUUAUUUUUUGCCUGUAUAAUCUUUGUCAUUUGAUAUUGAUAUGAUAUGAUCAUAAAAUGGGAGUUUUCAAGCUAAGAUAUUUAAUUAAACAUAACUAGCAAGACAGAUCUGGAAAUGAUUAGCUUAAAUCUGAAAACAUUUUAAAGUUAAAACUAGUUUGGUUUUUUCUUUUUUUUACUUUUGCGUCUCUUUUGUCCUCAGAAUUAAUAUUUAGCAACAUAAACUGUAGAAAAGUCACUUCUUUAAUUACUUAAAAAUAUCAAUGAUU